AUGAUGACGUGCAGUCUGGCAGUGCUGCUGCUCACGGCCGCCGCUCGCUUGGUGAUGAGCGAGACAGCAGACCGCGGGCAAGUGACCGAUGAGGACCUCCGAAAGUUGUUUGGGGUGAUCGACGAAGACAAGGAUGGCAAAGUGACCCUGGGAGAGCUGAAGAGCUUCAACACCCAGACGGCCAGGCGCCACGCGGAGAAGUUCUUCACCUUGCCUGCGUGGAUGGACGAGGAUGAGGACGGAAAGCUGAGCUUCGAGGAGGUGAAGGAAGCCAAUCACAAAAUUGGCAUGAGCACACACAACAUCGAUCCCGAGGGGAUCAAGAAGGAGCACAAAAAGGAGGAGGUGAAGUUUCAAGAAGUCGAUGCGGACAAGGACGGCGUCUUGUCGCAAUCUGAGCUGGUCCUCUUCUUCCACCCGAAUUUGGACACGAAGGCAUCUGCGGUUGAGGCUGCACACCUGAUGGACACCUUGGAUAAGGAUGAAGAUGGCGUUCUGUCCGAGAGUGAGUUCCAGGCCAAAAGUGGGCCUGUGGACUUUCAGAGGGUGGACACGGACGGUGACGGAAAGAUCCAGCUGGCGGAGCUAGAGCAGAUGUCCUCUGGAGCCUUGGACUUCGCGGAGAGCAUGCGCCGCAUGACGGAUAUUGCAGACCAAAAUGGUGACGGCUCAGUGACGCUGGAGGAACUCCUCGCCGCCCGCGAGGCUCUCGCCAAGAAGGGUUCGUGGAUGCCCGGUCUGAUUUUGAAGUCCUGCCUGAGACGCCGACAUAGCGAUGCCUGCCAGAACCUGGUGGCCAGCGUUGCGGAGAUGGACGACAUGUAUUUGGCAGCCCUCUGCCGGGCCCGUCUUGGUCACGACUGCGACAAGCUGCUGUCUGCACUGGGGCCCAGACCCUGGGGCCUGCAGGACCAGGUUUCUGCGUGCGAGCAGAACAAGGGCAUCCUGGACGAUCGGCACCUCUUCGGGUCGACGACGUCUGCACCUUUGGAUGAGACCACGCAGCCGAAGAAGUCGAAGCAGCAGUUGAUCAUCGAAGCCCUCGAAGAAGGCAAUCCUGGUCACGACUCGGAAGGCGCCGCCCCAGCCGCCCCCGCCGCCCCUGCCGCUCCCUCCGCGGCUCGCGUCAUUGGGCCGGCACUGCGUCCCGAGCUGCCUGGGGUGGACAUUGUGGCGACUGGCAAUUCGGACACCCACUACGACCCGGAAGCGGGUCAAUGGGUAAUCACCGGGAAGGCGCCGUCCACGUCUGCACCGGCAGAGGUGGAGGAGCCGACCACGCUGCCGCCGGAAAUUAUGUCGAAUGCUGGUCAAGACUCCCACUACGACGCGGAAGCGGGUGCCUGGGUAUUCUCGGCGAAGGUGGCGACGACGCUGCCGCCGGCGUCGUCCACGCACACUCCGCCACCGCCGGUGCCGCACAUCCCCGACGUAGUCGGCGGCCUCGUCGGCGCUGCGCUCCACCACUUGGGACACAUCAAGAUCCCGCCUCCGCAGCAGCAGGGUGGAUCGGAAUCGGACCUUUCCCAUUUCGUUGCGGCAAACGCAGCAGGUCCGGCAGCCAGCCCGGUCGCCAGCUCUGAACCGAGCUCCGAACCGAGCCCUCACCGUACAGGUCGUGAGAGAAGCCGUAGCCGAGAUUCCUGA